GAGUUGCGCGCCUAUAUAUACACUACAAUUUCACCUCCCUUAUCCUCCAUCCUAGCUCAUUGAAAAUAUCUUAACCAUUGUUUAAUUUCCACAACAUGGUCUCCGCACCCCUCAUUUUUUUCUCGCUUCUCUUCUUGGGUUUUUCUUGGCACACCAGCAAGGCCCUGGAGCCAUUUGCCUGCGACCCAAAAGAUGAAGUGACGAGGAACUUGCCCUUUUGCCAAGCGAAGUUGCCCAUAGAGGAUAGAGUUAAGGACCUCAUUGGCAGGUUGACAUUGUCAGAGAAGGUUGGGUUGCUAGUUAAUAAUGCUGCUGCAGUUUCCCGGCUUGGGCUUGACGGCUAUGAAUGGUGGUCUGAGGCUCUUCAUGGGGUUUCCAAUGUAGGUCCAGGGACCAAGUUCGGUGCGGGCUUCCCUGGGGCCACUAGCUUCCCUCAAGUGAUCACUACCGCUGCUUCUUUUAAUACUACACUGUGGGAGGCAAUUGGACGGGUUGUGUCAGAUGAAGCAAGAGCAAUGUACAACGGUGGAAUGGGUGGGCUCACGUAUUGGAGCCCAAACGUCAACAUUUUCAGAGACCCAAGGUGGGGCCGAGGACAGGAGACUCCCGGAGAAGAUCCUUUAGUAGUCGGUACAUAUGCAGCCAACUAUGUUAGAGGUCUCCAAGGAAACGAUGGUGAACGGUUGAAGGUUGCUGCUUGUUGUAAGCACUUCACAGCCUACGACCUCGAUAAUUGGAAUGGAGUGGAUCGGUUCCACUUUAAUGCUAAGGUAAGCAAGCAGGACAUUGAGGACACAUUUGAUGUACCAUUCAGGAUGUGUGUGAAGGAAGGAAAGGUGGCGAGUGUGAUGUGCUCCUAUAACCAAGUAAAUGGCAUCCCAACUUGUGCUGAUCCUAAUCUCUUGCGGAGGACAGUACGCAAUGAAUGGGGCCUCAAUGGGUACAUAGUUUCAGAUUGUGAUUCCGUUGGCGUUUAUUAUGAUAAGCAACAUUAUACAUCAACUCCUGAAGAGGCUGCUGCUGAUGCCAUCAAAGCAGGUUUGGAUUUGGACUGUGGUCCAUUCCUUGGGAUACACACUGAGGAUGCAGUUAAAAGAGGCCUUGUAAGUGAGGCUGACAUAAAUGGUGCUUUGUUUAAUACGCUAACUGUCCAGAUGAGGCUGGGGAUGUUUGACGGUGAGCCAUCAGUGCAGCCAUAUGGGAACCUUGGUCCAAAAGACGUUUGCACCCCGGCUCACCAAGGGCUAGCCCUUGAAGCAGCUAGACAAGGCAUUGUUCUUUUGAAUAAUCAUGGUCCUACAUUGCCAUUGUCCACUCGCCGUUAUCGCACCAUUGCCAUCAUUGGGCCUAAUGCUAAUGUCACUGUUACUAUGAUUGGGAAUUAUGCUGGCGUUGCUUGUGGAUAUAUUACGCCUCUUCAAGGAAUGGGAAGCUAUGCCAGGACAAUUUACCAGCAGGGUUGUGCAGAUGUGAGCUGUGUAAGUGACCAGCGAUUUGGUGGAGCUAUUAACGCUGCAAGCCAAGCCGACGCAACAAUUCUAGUGAUGGGGCUUGACCAGUCCAUGGAGGCAGAGUUCAGAGAUCGGGCUGGGCUUCUUCUCCCAGGACGCCAACAGGAGCUUGUAUCUAAGGUUGCAAUGGCUUCUAAAGGUCCAACCAUUUUGGUCUUGAUGUCUGGUGGGCCCAUUGAUGUGUCUUUCGCUAUGAAUGAUCCCAAAAUCUCUGCCAUAUUAUGGGCUGGUUAUCCUGGCCAAUCCGGUGGAGCUGCGAUCGCGGAUGUCCUGUUUGGAACGACAAACCCAGGAGGCAAGCUGCCUAUGACGUGGUACCCACAAGAUUACAUCACAAAUCUGCCAAUGACAGAGAUGGCCAUGAGAUCAAGCCGAUCAAAGGGGUAUCCUGGCAGAACCUAUAGAUUCUAUAAAGGUAAAGUGGUGUACCCAUUUGGACAUGGAUUGAGCUAUACAAUAUUUGUUCACACAAUAGCUAGUGCACCCACCAUGAUUUCAGUAACUCUCGAUGGACAUCGCCGUGGCUCUGGAAACACAACCAUCUCAGGGAAGGCAAUUAGAGUCACACAUACAAGAUGUAACAGGCUUUCAUUAGGAAUUGAAGUAGACGUGAAAAAUGUUGGCUCCAAGGAUGGAACUGACACAUUGCUGGUCUACUCUAAACCACCGGCAGGACAUUGGGUUCCACACAAGCAAUUGGUAGCCUUUGAGAAGGUUCAUGUCGCUGCAGGGACACAGCAAAGAGUGAAAAUUAACAUACAUGUGUGCAAGUACCUGAGUGUUGUGGAUAGGUCUGGGAUUCGAAGGAUUCCAAUGGGUGAACAUAGUCUUCAUAUUGGUAAUGUUAUGCACCCAGUGUCACUUCAACCCUUGGUUCUGGGGGUGAUCAAAACCUAGUUUCCUCCUUUUUUGGGUAGAGAUGGCACAAUCUUUCUAAAUCAAAACUAUAGGCAUACUCCUCAAUUUGAAUUAUAAUUAGUGGAGUAUCAUAUUAUCAUUGCAUGAUUUUUUUUCUUUUUUUAAUUCCUUGAAAAUGCAAUCCAAGUUGCUUGGUUUUGAUGAUUA